CAAAUUGAGAAAAACCUGCAGAAUAAUAUUGAAACCUUUUUGAAUCUUGAAUCGUAAAAAUCAACCAGUAUGGACGAUAACGACGAGCUGGAAUUUGUGGAGGAGGAUUACUAUGCAUUCCUGAAUGUACCGCGAAAUGCAACGCCGGAGGAUAUCAGCACUGCCUACAGGAACUUCAGUCGGAUGUACCAUCCGGACAAGCAUAUCGACGUUCGCAACAAGGAGAAGGCGGAGAUGAUGUUCAAUCGAACGAAGAAAGCGUAUGAGGUGCUGUCGGAUCCGCAUCAGCGUGCAAUCUAUGAUUCCCUCGGGAACAAGGGUCUCGAAACGGAAGGUUGGGAGUUGAUUCAGCGAACGCGGACGCCAGCGGAAAUUCGAGAGGAGUACGAGCGGCUGGCCCGUGAACGUGAGGAAAGGCGACUGCAGCAGAAGACCAAUCCUCGGGGCAACAUCACGGUGCAGAUCAAUGCAACGGACAUCUUUAGCCGGUAUGAAGAUGACUACGAUGAUGGGGGGCUGUUUCCUACAAUUGAAGUCUCCGGAAUGAGCAUGUCGCAGUCGAUCGAGGCUCCACUGUCCCGGACAGACACGGCAACGCUUUCCGGAAACCUUCAUCUGCAGAAUGGGGUUGGUAGCGGCAAUUUCCUUCUGUCCGGAAGAAGACUGAUUAAUAAGGGAUGGUUCGAAGUGGAUUGCGGGGCUGGUAGCGGACCUGUGCUGGGGCUGAAGGGUUCGAGAAAUCUCACCAAUCGACUCUUUUUGAACGGAGGCACGACGGUGAACUUUCGACAGAAUGCUAUCAUUCCUGGAAUUGCUAGCACAUUGGCAAUCCAACUAGACAAACAUACGGUUGGCUACUUGACCUACAACGCCGGUUUGCAGAGUUCGAUGUCGACCACGAUUGAGCACAACGCGGAAAGGUAUCACUAUAAUCUGAGCGGUACGCUUGGCAUUCCUCACUGCUAUCUCACUGCCAGCUAUACGAGAAAGUUCCUCGAACAGGAGCUCAAGCUGAGGGUAGCGCUAAAGGGAGGCACGUUCGGAUUCCUGGCGGAGUACGGUGCCGAGAAGAAGGUUUCCAAAUACAGCUCUGUUGUGGCAACCGUCAGUUUAGGUGUCCCUACUGGAGUAACGCUGAAAGUGAAGAUCAUUCGUUCGACACAGACGUACCUAUUUCCGAUUCACCUAAGCGAAGAAAUAAUUCCGGCGGCUAUAUUCUACGCCACUGUGACGCCUCUACUAACGUACUUUGUACUGAAAAAGAUGCUCAUAGAUCCAAUGAACGAGGCGGCCAAACAGCGAAAUAUCGAAAAGGUCAAGGAAACCAAUCGAUCGCGCAUGGCUGAAAAGCGCCGGGAAGCGGAAUCGGCCAUCGCCCUGAUGGGGGCGCUGUACGAACGCAUUCGCAACGACGAACAGAAGCGAAAAGGCUUGAUCAUCGUGACGGCUUUGUACGGAAAAUUUAACGCUGAUGAAAAUGUCUCCAUCGAACAGCGCGACGAAAUGGGAUUCAUUCAGCACAACCCGAACGUGAUCGAUGUCAGACUUCCGCUGCAGUGCCUCGUUAAGGAUUCCCGCCUGCAGUUGUAUGGUUCGACAAAGAGCGAGCUGCCCGGUUUCUAUGACCCGUGCUUCGGAGAGGAAAAGCUUCUCCGGAUCGACUACGAGUUCCAGGAGCGAUCCUACAGCAUUACGGUAGCGGACAGCGAAGAUAUUAAAAUUCCUGAAAACGGCAGCAGCUCCCCGGGGCAAAGUUGAAUUUGUGAACUAAAAAGCUUCCAAAGCGCAUCGUAGACCGGUGGUAGUCGUGUUGUUAACCAGUGCUUAGAUUUAAACUGCGACUGCUUUCAAGAAAACCUGUUUAGUCAUAAACGAAAAGGAGCAUGUCGCUGCUGUGAACGAAAGUGUUCAAACUGCCGGGAAAAUAGAGACUUGUUACAAAUCCCAAUGU